AUGCCUGAAGUACAGUUUAAUGACGCCCAAAUUGAAAUACUCAAUGCACAUUUGAAAGAGUUCCGGGGUGCAAAUUCUCUACAAUGGGGAUGUGUAUUUGAUGAUACCUGGGAUGAAGUCAGGGAAAAUUUGGGAGGACAUGUACUAACCAACAUCAAGGAUUUAACUGACAUGAAGGAGCGGGUCAGAUGUUGGUUGUACAACCACACUGGUAACAAAGAGCUCGGGAACAAGGUUGCUGGGCAUGGAAAGUAUUUAGGUCUGAAUCAGGUGCUGAACUUAAUGAAGAAGAAAGGGGUGGAGAAGAGGAUGUGGGACCUUUACGGAGUGAAGCUGGGGCAGUCAGGUUAUAUUGGUAAACUGUAG